GCGCGGCAUUGGCGGGCGCGCGGCGUGAGGUCACUUCCGGUGGCGGCGGCGCCGGUCCGGUGUGUGUGUGUGUGUGAGGGAGGAGCGGGGGGGGCGGCGGCGCAGGCGGCCCCGCGGGAACUGCCAGACCCGGAGCGACCCGGACCCACCCGGACCCGCCGCCAUGGCCUCGCUGCUCAAGGUGGACCCGGAGGUGAAGCUCAAGGUUGACUCCUUCAGGGAGCGGAUCACCAGCGAGGCUGAAGACCUGGUGGCAAACUUUUUCCCAAAGAAGCUGUUGGAGCUCGAUGGGUUCCUCAAGGAGCCGAUCCUGAAUAUUCACGAUCUCACUCAGAUCCAUUCGGACAUGAACCUCCCAGUGCCUGACCCGAUUCUUCUCACCAACAGCCACGAUGGGCUGGACGGGCCCAAUAUGAAAAAGAGGAAGCUGGAAGACCGCGAAGAGACCUUUCAGGGUACCAAAGUGUUUGUGAUGCCCAACGGGAUGCUGAAGAGCAACCAGCAGCUGGUGGACAUCAUUGAGAAAGUGAAACCAGAAAUCAGGCUGCUCAUUGAGAAGUGUAACACGGUGAAAAUGUGGGUGCAGCUUCUCAUCCCCAGGAUAGAAGAUGGAAACAACUUUGGUGUUUCCAUUCAGGAGGAAACAGUUGCUGAGCUUCGAACUGUGGAGAGUGAGGCCGCAUCCUACCUGGACCAGAUUUCUAGAUAUUAUAUCACAAGAGCAAAGUUGGUUUCCAAAAUAGCUAAGUACCCUCACGUGGAGGAUUACCGCCGCACGGUGACAGAGAUCGACGAGAAGGAGUACAUCAGCCUGCGCCUGAUCAUUUCAGAGCUGAGGAAUCAAUAUGUCACUUUGCAUGACAUGAUCCUUAAAAACAUUGAGAAGAUCAAGAGGCCUCGGAGCAGCAAUGCUGAGACCCUCUAUUAAGUGUCAACGUUUGAACUUGAGAACUGUUCAGUCAACUCAAGACCGUCAUUGCCUUGGUUUGUUACGUGACUAUCGAGACGGGAAACUGGCUGGAAAUAGUAUCGCAUUCUUAGUUAAACUAAAGCAAUUCUCGCCUAGUUUUGUGAUUGGUUUUGUUCAGGUCUCAGGAGUUCUCCCUCCCUCUAGUAACUGGUGACGAGGAGGCCGUGCCACUUUGGGCCCCCCCGAGAGCACCAGCCCCGCAGGAACAUUCCUUCACGCCUUUCUUCCUACCCGAGUGAGAACCACAGUAGAACCAAGCCCUUGUCCGUAGGCUUCACUGGGGUCUCUGGGGUUGGGGCAGAUGGUUCUUAAGCCUGAGAGCAAGCCCAGGCGGUGGGGGAGAAGCUCAUGCUUGGGCCUCUCAGCCGCUGGUGCUCUGCAAAGAGGGGAACCUGCCCCGUCUGUGCCCGCUCUGGUGCCGCUGAGUGCUCCGCUCUGCGUUCCCGGCUCCCUCUCAUCCGUCUGCCUUGCCAGUCCUGCCUAAAUCAGUGCUUGGAACUAGGCCUGGCUGGGCUGAGCUCAGGCGGCUCCUGCUCCUGUUUACCAUUUGACUAGAGCCGCUUUCUUGGCUGAACCCAGCGUUACUUCGCACACAUCCCAGUGCCCCUUCAGCACAAGGUGCUUUUGUCCAGGUGGACGGAAAGGAGAGGCCGGAGGUCGAUCCUAAAUUCCCGAUAGUCUCCAGACUUGGUCACCCCCAGCUCUGCUGUCCCCCCUCCCCGUGACAGCCGGUGCUGGGGGGUGACGAUGGCCGAUCCCCCAAUGCAAUUUCAGACCUUUUCCCCUGCGGAGGCCGCGCUCGUGCGUGCGCCUGGUCGCUCUUUCAGGCCGCCGGAACGUUUCCUGGUCCAUCACAAACCCCUUUGGAAAUGACUGGUUGUGUUGCUUCAGUUUUUGUGUCUGGCAAGUGGGCCCAUAAAGCUGCAGGCUCCCAACAUUUUCUUAUUUAUAGUAUUUCUACUUAAGUCCCGUAUUCAGGGAACACAAAAUCAUUUAUUUCAGGAACCUCGCUGUUUCCCGGGUCUCGCUGUUACACCCGUUUAUUGUGCAGUAACCUUGAUAGUUGUGUUACCCUCAUUGUAACAACGGUGGCAAAUGGAAUGAGCUCCCUCCCCUUCUUUUUUUCUUGUUUUUUUUAACUUCAUUUUUGUUUCUCCUGCUUCCACAUUAAGAGCCAUGUUGUCUCUUGCUGGUUUCCCAGGGAUUUGCCCGGCGUGUGGAGGGGCCGCUGGCCCUCGCUAUAGACUCUUCUGUUGUUGUUUGUAGUAAGUCAACUCUUAGUCUUCCCGCUAAUAAAUAUUUAGUAACAAACCAACUGUUCUGGCUGCUGUCUGGGAGCAGCACAUCCCCUUGUGUUUCUCUGUAUCGAUUCCUUUUAAUUUGUUCGGCUCUCUUUGCCAGAUGAAAGUAUGUAAACUUUUACCAUGUCAAGAAAUUAAAACAAGGUACUUGGAAUUCUUUUAA